GUCGCCGCCGCCCGAGCGCAGCCGAGCGCACGCCGAGCCCGUCCGCCGCCGCCAUGGCCACCACGGUGACCUGCACUCGUUUCACCGACGAGUACCAGCUCUACGAGGAUAUUGGCAAGGGGGCUUUCUCUGUGGUCCGACGCUGUGUCAAGCUCUGCACCGGCCAUGAGUAUGCAGCCAAGAUCAUCAACACCAAGAAGCUGUCGGCUAGAGAUCACCAGAAACUAGAGAGAGAGGCUCGGAUCUGCCGCCUUUUGAAGCAUUCCAACAUCGUGCGUCUCCACGACAGCAUCUCCGAGGAGGGCUUCCAUUACCUGGUCUUCGAUCUGGUUACUGGUGGAGAGCUCUUUGAAGACAUUGUGGCAAGGGAGUACUAUAGCGAGGCUGAUGCCAGUCACUGCAUCCAGCAGAUCCUGGAGGCUGUUCUUCAUUGUCACCAAAUGGGGGUCGUCCACAGAGACCUCAAGCCUGAGAACCUACUCUUGGCCAGCAAGUGCAAAGGGGCUGCAGUGAAGCUGGCGGACUUUGGUUUGGCUAUCGAGGUGCAGGGGGACCAGCAGGCGUGGUUUGGAUUUGCUGGUACACCGGGCUACUUGUCUCCUGAGGUCCUUCGCAAAGAGGCAUAUGGCAAGCCUGUGGACAUCUGGGCAUGUGGGGUGAUCCUGUACAUCCUGCUUGUGGGCUAUCCACCCUUCUGGGAUGAGGACCAGCACAAGUUAUAUCAGCAGAUCAAGGCUGGUGCCUAUGACUUUCCAUCCCCUGAGUGGGACACUGUCACUCCAGAAGCCAAAAACCUCAUCAAUCAGAUGCUGACCAUCAACCCUGCCAAACGCAUCACAGCCCACGAGGCCCUGAAGCACCCGUGGGUCUGCCAACGCUCCACAGUAGCCUCCAUGAUGCACAGACAAGAGACAGUGGAAUGUCUGAAAAAGUUCAAUGCCCGGAGGAAGCUCAAGGGGGCCAUCCUCACCACCAUGCUGGCCACCCGGAAUUUCUCAGUGGGCAGACAGACCACCGCUCCGGCCACAAUGUCCACCGCGGCCUCCGGCACCACCAUGGGGCUGGUGGAACAAGCCAAGAGUUUACUCAACAAGAAAGCAGAUGGAGUCAAGCCCCAGACGAAUAGCACCAAAAACAGUGCAGCCGUCACCAGCCCUAAAGGGACGCUUCCUCCUGCCGCCCUGGAACCUCAAACCACCGUCAUCCAUAACCCAGUGGACGGGAUUAAGGAGUCUUCUGACAGUGCCAACACUACCAUAGAGGACGAGGAUGCUAAAGCCCGGAAACAGGAGAUCAUCAAGACCACGGAGCAGCUCAUUGAGGCUGUCAACAACGGUGACUUUGAGGCCUACGCGAAAAUCUGUGACCCAGGCCUGACCUCAUUUGAGCCUGAAGCUCUGGGCAACCUGGUUGAAGGGAUGGACUUCCACAGAUUCUACUUUGAGAACCUGCUGGCAAAGAACAGCAAGCCAAUCCACACGACCAUCCUGAACCCACACGUGCACGUCAUCGGGGAGGACGCCGCCUGCAUUGCCUAUAUCCGGCUCACGCAGUACAUUGAUGGCCAGGGCCGGCCCCGCACCAGCCAGUCUGAGGAGACCCGUGUGUGGCACCGCCGUGAUGGCAAAUGGCAGAAUGUGCACUUCCACUGCUCGGGUGCGCCCGUGGCCCCGCUGCAGUGAAGCCAAGGGAGGCGCAUGGAAUGGGGAAUAGGACACACAAUUCUAAACUCCAAAGGGACUGUUCAGCAAUGAACACUUAGAGUGGACAACACUUUCUGUCCACACUGUGCCCAGGACAGCUGCCCCCAUCCACGGACACAGGGUAAACAUCUGCCGGGCUCCGCACCAGUGGCUCCCUAGGCCACAGGACAGCGGCAGGGCUGGCCAUGGACAGUGUGUGGCCCACCAGCUGCCCACCCUCGUGUCCUGGGGCCUCCUCCCCUUCUGUCCCCCUCACCUUGUCUCCACAGAGCUGCCUGUUUGGGAUAAUUUGGGGAUUUUUUUUUCUGGGGGAUAAUUCUUUUGCAUGACCCCUAAAGAGCAAGCCACAGCCGCUCUGCUAGCUAGGUGUCCGCGGUGUGGUGGCGGUGGCCCGCUGGCCAGCACUGCAGGGAUCAGCUGCCCACAGUGCUGGCUGGCCUCCCCUUUCUCUCUUUUUGCUGAGUUUCAUUGUCUUUUCUUUCUGAGCCUUGUAAGUGUACAAAAAUUAUUUUGUUCUGUCUCGGGAAACUGCUAAUAAAAGAAAAACAGGACAAA